UCUAUGUUUAAAAUGCGCAUGCAUAGGAUGUCCGGAUAUUUGGAACAACACUUUUUGUCGGCAUCAACAUAACCUAACUUUUUUAUUUACAAGUCUUUUCCAAACAAAUACACACCUUGAGAAUGUUAGGUGCCCGUGGUAGUUCUUUUAAUGAAAAUGGAUUCGGAGAACCAGAACAAGACGCGAAUUCCGCCUUAACAGAGCUUGAUAAAGGCUUGAGGUCAGGAAAAGUUGGCGAACAAUGCGAAGCAAUCGUAAAAUUCCCCAAACUAUUCGAAAAAUACCCCUUUCCCAUAUUAAUAAACGCAUCCCUCUUAAAACUAUCAGAUGUGUUUCGCAUGGGCAGCAACUUCCUACGAUUGUGCGUUCUAAGAGUUUGCCAGCAGAGUGAGAAGCACUUGGACAAAAUUUCCAACGUCGACGAGUUUGUAAGGAGGAUAUACAGUGUUAUCCACAGCAACGACCCUGUUGCCAGAGCUGUUACGUUGAGAACAUUUGGGGCUGUAGCUGCUAUAAUUCCAGAACAACAGCAGGUGCAUCAUGGGAUUAGAAGCAGUUUGGAUUCACAUGAUAAUGUGGAAGUUGAAGCUGCUAUUUACGCUGCUAUUCAGUUUGCUGCACAAUCUAAGACAUUUGCCAUAAGCAUGUGCAACAAAGUAUCAGAUAUGAUUCAAAGCCAAUCCACUCCAGCCAAUAUGAAGUUGCAACUAAUUCCCAUUUUGCAAUACAUGCACCACGACACUAAUACAGCUUUAAUGGUCCGAACACUAUGUACAGAGUUAUUGCCUGGAUAUCCUUCACAAGAUUUUGUGUUGGUAACACUUAACACUCUUAGCAAAUUGGCUGCUGCCACUUUGGUAGACAUUCCAAGUCAAGUGAAUUUACUUUUACAUUAUCUAAAAAACGACCCGAGAUGGGAGGUAAAAUUAAAAGCGAUGCAGGAUUUAUACGAGCUUGCGAAACCGGGUGCUCAUUUAUGGCCAUCAGGGUCUAUCGAGGAUAUUAUAGAUUUUGUUUUGAACACAAAACAAACGCAAAUUCUAAAACCCGCCUUAAGUGUCAUACAUAUUCUGGUGGAGUCUCCAAUAAUGUGCAAUGAACAUAAGGAUCCAAAAUCAAAGUUGAAAGAACUUUGCUCGAAACAUUGCUAUUCGCCUCAACCAAUGGUUGCGGUACAGGCCAUUCAAAUUUUGACGCAAAUAUUGUGCUACAGUUACAAUGAAAAUAAACCUACGGAAGAUGCAGAUGAAGUAAUCCACGCCCUCGAAACGUUGAUUCUUCUUUUAACGUUUUCGAGCGAUCAAAAGCAUUCAGAGUAUUUAAAGGUGGCCCUGAAAUGUGCUGUCAGACUUUGCGAUGCUAAACCGGAGCACUGUGAAACAUUUGUGGAACUGCUGGGAACACGACUGGAUAACAUUGACAAUGACUACACAAUCACCAUAUGCGAAACCCUGGGCGCCAUAGCUGGCUUAAAACCGGAAACGCUGUUACCUCUGGUGGAUUCGAUUUUGAGCCUCAUAGCCGCCCUGACCCAAAUCCAAUCGCCUACUGCGAACCAAACGCGUACCAAAAUUAUGCUGUGCACUUUGAUAUUUCAAACGCUAUGCGGCUACUAUUGGAACGAACAAACAUGGCGAACUAUCAGCAAUUUGGUGGAGAAUAAUAAUAUGUGGGCCAAUUACUGUAUCGCCAGGGCUGCUGUAAGAUAUGGUCAUCACAAGAUCGCCAACCAAAUAUUUACGAUGCUAACUGAGCAGGUCAGUUCCGAGCAUUUUCACUUUUGGUUGGUGUGCCUGAAGGAAAUGACUGAAGCUGAAGCUGGCCUGUAUAGUGCCGAUUCCAACACUUUGAUCGACCGUUUGGAUAAGGCUAUUAUACAUUACAAUAAAGCUAUAGCUGCACUAAAGGCAGCAAGCACGCCUUCCUACAACCUGCAAUUCCAAGCGGAGUACAUGAAAAUUCGCGUGGAAUUUUUGCAGUGCUUGGUCCAACUAAUCUACGCUUGCAACACGCUGUGCAUCGUGCCGCCGCCCGCGAUCGCGUCCACCCUGGUGCAGUACACCAGGGACGAGUACCAAAAGCACGGCUACGUCACCAAUCAGAUGCGGAAGUGCAGCGUGGAGUUCAAAAAUUGCGGCGAUCUCCACUGGAAGCUCUAUCAGACCGCUUUCGACGCCGAUCCCAGUACCUUGGACAACAUGCAAAUUUUGCAGCAAAUGUGCGUAUUGUUCGAGCAGUGUAUCGACACCACGUGCAACAGCACGAUAAAGCUGCGGGAGGAACCGGUGGAGUUUUCUUGCAAGCACACGGGUUUGGAAACGAAACAACUGGUCAAAGCAUGCGAAGGCAUCGUUGAAGUGACCAGAUGCAUCGCCGAGAACUCGAACUCCUUCAUGUCCCACAAACAAAUCGAAUAUCUAAGGAAAGUCGUGGAACUGGUGGCCAACGCUGCGUUGCCGAUACCGCGCUACUUCUUCCAAGUGCUGCAGUCUACCAGCGUAAAGCUGGCAAUAUCGCCGCAACCGCGCGUGCUGGGCGAGUUUAUUAGCGUGCAGGCGGGAUCGCAGCUGGCGGUGAAAGUGGAGGGGGUGAUUCAACACGGCAUGAAACCCGGGAUGUUUCGUAGGAUCGAAGAGGUCAUUAUCACGGUGACGUCGCAGCUUCAAAGCAAUACCAAAAAUAAGGACAUCGAGAAUGUUAAGAACGUGGAGUUGUGUUCAGUACUCACCCAGACAGUGGCUCCUCACAAAGACUUCUUCACGGCGCAAUUCUUACUGGCCUUUCCCAAAGGCGGUCAGUAUCUCCUGGUGGUUGAAGCGGCGGUCAUUGACGAGCACAGCAACACAUGGAAAACAGGUCCCAGAUCCACUUUGACAGUCAAGGUUCCAGAUGAGCCCAAACUAACUGCCAUAGCUGUGCCUGGUAUGGCAACCAAUGCCAAUAUGAUUUUAAUGCCAGAAGAUAAUAUGUUUUUAAAACCCCACCAGAAGAAAAUUAUAUGAACAUGUUCUUUAUUUUUGUAUUAAUUAUUAAAGUAUUUAUAAUAA